AUGGCCGAAUACUACGAAGCCCUUGUGCUUUUCGACUACCAGCCGGUCUCGAUCGACGAGCUCCGCCUCUUCGAGGGCGAACUGGUAGAGGUACGGGUUGGUGGGGAAGGUGUCGGUGAGGAAGAAGGGUGGCUCUACGGGUCAGAUCAGAGGGGUCGCCAUGGAACAUUCCCGGCCAACUACGUGACGGACGCUAGUACUGCCGCCGCCGUUGCUCAGACCCUCCCCGGCGACAGCACUGACGCCAACGGUGGUAGGGCCAGCGUCAUGUCCGCGGCUCUGCCAGGCGAAAGCUGGAGUAGUGGGCAUACAUCUCCUACCGAAUCUCAAGACGACCAGGCAACGGCGCGCGCGACGGCGAGCCUUGGUCCUGCACGCGGUGGACUUCGGAACGAGGAACCCGUUGGGGCAGCGUAUAACCCUGGUUCAAACGCAGACAGGGAAGCUUUCACAUAUCAGGGGAAACAAGAACGAAGACCAGACAAUCUAUACACACCCGGCACCUCAAUGCACCAACAACACGACCACGCCGUAGACGAAGCAUCACGGCCAGCACCGACGACUCACAACAGUGCUAUCGUGGAGGACGGCGUUGUCUCUGAUUCCCAUCGGGUGCCAGACGGAUGGUUUUCGGCGACGGAUGAGUCUUCGGGGGUGAUGUACUACUACACGGAGGACGGGCAGAGUUCGUGGACAAGACCACCCGCAACGACUGCUGCUAAGGUCAAGCCGUCAUCGAUGGUGCGCGGUGGAGAUCAACUCACGAGCAAUGGCAACGGUACCACGUCGACCACCAAUAUCAUCGAGCCUGGUCAUGCAUUGCGUUCCGCGGGAACGCCGAUUUCAUUUGCUCUCCGAUUCAGCUCGCGCAUUGCCCACCAUCACGCCGACCGCUGUACCGACGCUGCUCUCCGUUUACGAUGCCGUCAUGCCGAUAAGACCCGCCAACUCGAUGGCGGCGACGAUGAGCAAGAAAGGAAGGCGAGAGAUCUAGCGGCGGCGCGUAUCCAGGCCGUCGUCAGCGCGAAGCGUGACCGGAAAAUCAACAACAGCGUACAAAUGAAGGCAGUGGCCCACAACGAACACACAGAAAAUGAAACAGGGGGAAUCGUUGGGCCCAAGGAUGGCGACUGGCAUACGUAUGGCAGUGACAAUGCCGACAAUGCCAGUGUCGGAGCAGAAAGCGGCGGGGAGUUGGCCUGGUCGAUGAUCAAGAGUGAAACGGAAAUGUCCCCUCCCGCGACCCUAAGCGCGGUGUCGCCGGAGACUUCUGCUGAAACCAGAGAGAGCCAAGAAGCUAAGCUUGACAGAGGCGUGGAGAAGCUCAUCUUGUCCUUGGUGGAUGAACGAAUCAUGGCGAGUGUUCUUUCGGAGGAAAUGCGCCGGCGCGACGCCAUACUCUCGGACGUCCGAGAAACCUUGACGGUGCUCACCGAUCGACUGAUCGCAAAGUCGGCGAAGAGGAAGAGCAAGCGGCCGCCUCAACCUCCAGAAAUCACCGUGGGAGGCAGCGAGCACGAGCUGUCUCCCCCGCCUACGUUACGGCGAGAGACGUCGACGCCAGAAGUUGAAUCGCGGAGACUAAUAAAAAAGCUGGCCAUGCGACCCGAAGUGCUACUCGGAACGACGGUACGGUCGCCUCCAAAAUCAAGACCUGAGACGACAAAAAACGCGGUCGGACAGCCUCUGUCGCAGCAGGAGCAGCAGCGGCAGACAACACCUCAGUUGAACGACCCGACCCACCUGCGUGCUUCCCCUGGGCGUUGCAAGGCUGCUAGCCCUCGGCAUUCAGCAGCUGACGGCCGCUCGAUGGGUCAGCCCCCUUUCCGCGCCGGAGGUUGCAUUGGCCGGGGUCCUAGCCAUCAUGUCGAGCGAGAUGCCUACGGCGGUGGCGGCGGAGCAGAGGCGUUCGGCGUGGGGAAGAGAUCCCCGCCCCCGCCGUCGCGUUCCCAGCCACUCCGCGCGCUCGUAGAUUGCGAGGAGCGCCUUUCCUACCGAGACCACCUCCGCGAUAGUAGCGGAGACAAAGCCGAACCUUUUUGCACCCCAGAGCGGCGGCGACGGCGGGGAGACCAGAGAGCGCGAAGAGGACCAAGCGGGAACGCGCUACACAACGCCGCAUCGCCGUCCACGCUUCCUCGAACGGCCGACCGGCACUGCGCGGCGCUCGAGAAGCAGCAAGCAAAGGCCGCACAGGCCGUCGUCGCGCUUCCCAGUCGGCACCGGUCCUACGACACCAGCGGGCACGAACACCACCACCCCCGCCACGGCGGUGCCCCCCUCUACCCUCCAUCCUGGUACGACCCGAAGCAGGCAGACAAGUCGCGCCCCGACUCCAGCCUCGUCUUGGAGUAUGUCCACGGGUACGCCGGGGAGACGCCGGAUGUCCUAUCCAGAGGCGUCGGCGGCAAGUUCGGCGGCGGUGUCGGCGGCGGUAGCGUUGGUGGAGGAAGGAACUCGGCGACGAGGAGCACCAACGUGUUGUGGCUUCGCAGCGGCGAGAUCGUGUACCCGGCCGCCGGGGUGGUCGUCAUCCACGACUUCGAGACCAACCGGCAGCGUUUCUUCACCGGUCAUGAUGAGGCGAGUGUUGCAUUGCACCCCCCGCCCUUUCGGAGCUCGUUAGGUGGAAAAGAAGUCACCGCCGUCGCCGUGCAUCCUCACCACGACAUCGUUGCCAGCGGGCAGGCGGGGAGAGAGGCCAUCGUGUGCCUGUUCGACGCCACUCAACGUCGGUCGGGGGCCGGCGGCGGAGGGAGGCGUGGCAGCCAGGAGAACGACAGUAGCGACUCCCGGACGGCGGCGGAGGCGGCGGAACCUUCGGAGGGGGCGACAGCCGUCCCGGCGCCGGUCUUCCUGCGGGAAAUUUCACUUGGGAAGAGGAAAGCUCGAGGGGUGGCAGCGCUUGAUUUCUCGCCGUGCGGCGACCUCAUCCUCGCCAUGGCCGGCGGCGAGGGUCAGUCCCUGAGCGUCUGGGACUGGCGGCGCGGGGAGCGGCUGGCCGCCGCUAGGGCCGAAUCCGUCCACCUCCCCGCCAGCUCCGUCCGCUUCAACCCGUGGCUCUUCCUGCAGGGAACCAGCGCGGUAGCGGCCGGCCUUGACCCCGCCGGCGCCGCGUGCUACACCCUGGUCAGCUGCGGGGAGAGGCACGUGAGGUUCUGGGCACUGACUCGCGAGUGGUGCCCUCGACGUCGCGGCGGCGGCGGUGGCGGUGGGGUAGGCGUUGGCGGAGAAACGUACGAAGAUGGGAUGGGUGGGAAUAAAAGAACUGACGAUGGCCGUGCUGCUGAGGAGGGGGAGCACGGCGACGGCGGGGGUUGGAAGUGGAGUCUCAGUAGCCGGCCCGGAAACUUCGGGGUGCGGGGAGAGCUCGGCACAAUGACCUGCAUGGCGUUUAUCGGGGAGCCGCGAGCCGGCAAGGAGGAGCGGCAGCGGCGGAAGAGGCAAGCGACGGGGGGGGCGGAGGACGGCCGACUGCCUUUACCAAUGGCGAGGGCGAUCACCGGGUCUGAGAAUGGACAGUCACCCUUUAUCACUGACGGAAUGACCGAACGACCCCCUCUCCCCGCCGUCACCCUUCGUCGGCCACAGAUCUAUUUCUGGGAAAUUUCCGAAGCGAGGCAAGGCAAGCGUCACAACAAGCACCAAACCUUGCCAUCGCACCACCAUCCGACGACAGUCUCGCCCAACCGGAGCGAUGGCGGCGGUGAGAAGACGGCGCACGAGCCGGUCGGGUGGCAACCGGGAGGCCGCCUGCUGGCGGUCGUGCCGAAGGUCCACGACGGAGCGAUAACCGACGUCUCUUACCUGCCUCACGGGGAGGAUGGUCGACCGCCUCCGGCGGCGGUGGUGGCAGAGGCGGAAGCGGCGCGAGUAAGGUUCGGCGGCGGAGCGGGAGAGGGAGAGGGAAGCAGCGGCGGGCAAGAAUGGGGACGGCUGGCGACGUGUGGAGGGAAGGGGACCCUGCGUCUGUGGAGUGAGUUGGAAGUGGGAAGAGCAGGCGUCGCCGGGGAGGGACCCUCCCCCCUCCAGCUGCUUCUCACCAUAUCGGUCUCGAACAGAGGCGUCGGGGUCGGCUACCCUCGGAGCGUCUCGUGGGACAGGUCGGGAACGACCCUGGCACUGGGCACCGUCGGUAACGCCGUUGCUCUCGUGCAGCCAGGGGAGGGCGAGUUGAAAAUUGUGAACAACGGCCGAAUUUCUGCCUGA